CAAUUGUUACCGGGACCGAGUAUAGUGGUGGUGACCUCUGCGAGAAAAGUUGGAUUCAGCAAAACCGGUGUGUGAAAUUUGCAAUUUUAAAAUUUGUAAAUCACUAUGGUUUCGAUAAGAAAAAAGAGUAAAAGAAGGACUACUCGUCUUCGCGCCAGAAUUGAAAAAAGAGCCGCUAGCUCUCGUAGAAAAGAGAGAAAAUUAGAGAAGAAAAAUCCUCAAUGGAAGAGCAGAAUCCCAAAGGACCCUGGCAUUCCCAAUUCCUUCCCUUAUAAAGAUCGGAUUUUGGCAGAUAUCGAGGCGCAAAAGCGACAAAGAGAAGAAGAAAAGAUUGCCCGCAAAGAGGCUGCCAAGUCAGAGGGAGAUAUGGAUUCAGACGAAGAUAGCGAGAUGGAGGAAGAACGAGCUGAUGGCGUUGAUCCCAUGAUUGCAAAGAUUGCUGAAGCAGCACAAGCUAGAGAUUCCGAGGAACAACAAGCCGAGGAAGAGGAUGGUGUUAUUAUGGAUGAAGAUGAUGACGACAAUACUCCUUCUUUAGUUGAGGAUGACUCUCCGAACACUUCUGAAAGGAUUGUUAAAGGUGACACCUCUAGAAAAGCAUUUGAUAAGGAGUUUAAGAAAGCAGUCGAACUCUCCGACAUUGUUCUGUAUGUCUUGGAUGCUCGUGAUCCUGAAGGAACACGUUCCAAAGAAGUUGAGCAACAAGUAGUGGCUUCUGCGGCUGAGGAAAAGCGUCUCGUCUAUGUCGUCAACAAGAUUGACUUAGUCCCUCCUGAGGUGUUGGACCGCUGGCUCGUUUACUUGCGCGCUCACUUCCCUACUCUUCCUUUGCGUUCUUCUUCUGGAUCCUCUGGCUUUAAACACAAGACAUACUCUGCCAAUGGCACUAUCUCCGCUUUAUUGAAGUCUCUCAAGUCUUAUUCUUCUAAGAAGAAGCUUAAGAGCUCUUUGACAGUUAGUGUCAUUGGCUAUCCUAAUGUGGGUAAAUCAUCUGUCAUUAACGCUCUUGUCAAUCGAUCUGCCGUUUCUCGUUCUACCCCAUGCCCAGCCGGUAGCGCUGCUGGUAUGACUAGAUCUUUACGAGAAGUUAAACUGGAUAGCAAGCUGCGUUUAAUUGAUAGCCCCGGUAUUGUUUUCCCAACAGCCAGUAAGGAAGAUGAACAUUAUCGCUUAGUGUUACUGAAUGCGAUUCCUUCCUCCAAAAUUGAUGAUCCAGUUCCUGCUGCAGCCUACAUUCUUAACUAUCUCAAUCGGAUCCCUGGUCUACUUGAGCGAAUGCUUAGUCAAUAUGAGCUCCCUCCUCUAUUGAAUACCUCUGAGUUGGACACUGCUACUGACUUUUUGGUGAACAUUGCCCGCAAGCGUGGACGUUUAUCUCGUGGUGGUAUUCCCAAUUUGAAUGCUGCAGCCAGUAUUAUUGUUAAUGAUUGGCAUGCAGGACACAUUCAAUGGUGGGCUGAACCUGAAACUACCACCAAGGAGACUUCUGCAUCAGAUGAUAAGCAGGUUGUUUCUCAAUGGGCUAAAGAGUUUGAUAUUAAUGAAUUGUAAAAAUGGGGGUGCGUGCAAUAAAACUAAAUAUUUGACUUUGUCUUUAAUACGCUUUUUUGAUGGUUAUUUAUAGGUUCGAUUUUAUGUGCAUGCCGAGGUUAGGAUAAUUUGGGUUUCUUUGGUUUCACAUUAUUUCCUCAAGAGGAUAGAUAUCGGAUUUUUGUCUUGAAAAAAUAAAAAAUCCAUUUUGCUCAUUAUACUAUAAACGGUUAAAUUGGCGAUUGUAUUCUGAUAAUAUAUAUAUAUAUAUAUAUAACGUGGUUUGCGA